AUGAGGGGCGGGAGCAAGGUGGUGGUGGAUCCACACAAGCACAAGGGCGUCUUCGUCGCUAAAGCCAAGGAGGACGCGCUCUGCACGAGGAGCAUGAACUCCGGCGAGUCCGUCUACGGCGAGAAGCGCGUCUCCGUCCAGGCUCCUGGCCAACGUGUGCUUUACCUUGGUGCUGCUUCAGGAACAACUGUGUCUCAUGUGUCUGAUAUUGUUGGACCGGAAGGGUUGGUCUAUGCUGUUGAGUUCUCUCACAGGAGUGGAAGAGACCUUGUCAAUAUGGCCAAGAAGAGGACAAAUGUCAUUCCCUUUAUUGAGGAUGCCAGGCAGCCGGCAAGGUAUCGGAUGUUGGUUGGCAUGGUUGAUGUAAUCUUCUCUGAUGUUGCUCAGCCAGACCAGGUAUACUCAUCUCACUAA